AUGUCCGCUACUACCGAGAACGUCCAGGCCACCAACCCCGCCGCCCAAGAGGUCCAACAGCCUGCUGCUGAGGUGCCUGCCACCGCCACUGCCACAGAGACCCCUGCCCAGCCUUCCUUGAGGGUCUACUUUGGCAAGGUCGCUCGUGGUACCACCGAGGCCGAUCUUACUGCUUUCAUCAAGUCUGCCGGUGAGACCGAGAGCAUCUCCAUCCACGAGAGGACUCUUCCCGGCCGACGCGCCUACUUUGCGUUCGCCAACUACACCAGCCUCGACAGCUCCAAGAAGGCUGUUGAGCUUGACGGCCAGGAACUCAACGGCCGACCCGUCAUCGUCCAAUACGCCAAGGGCGAGGAGGAGGCCAACGCUGACCGUCAGGCUAGGACCGAGAAGCGCAAUGCCGCCAGGAAGGCUGCCGCGGAGAAGAAGGCUGAGGAGGCCAAGGCGGCGAAGGAGGCUAACCCUGAUGGCGCCGCUGCUGAGGCUGGCGGUGAGGCUGAGAAGCCCAAGAAGAAGAAGAACGCCAGGAAGAACCGCCGACGUGCUCCUGGAGACGAGGACGAGGGUGAGGAAGGCGAGGACGCCUCCAAGGCCAGGAUCGACGGUGAGGAGGCUACCGAGGCCGCUCCCAAGAAGGCUACCAAGCCCAAGGCCAAGAAGGCUCCUCAGGAGAAGAAGCUCGAGAUCUCUGACGAGGACUCUCCUUCCACCAUCUUUGUCGCCAACCUCCCCUUCUCUGUCGAUGACGCUGCCCUUACUGCCAUCUUCACCAACCUCUCCAUCCAGGUCAAGCGUGCCUCUGUCGUCACCCGAAGCGUUCGACGAGGCAACACCCGCAAGUCCGUCUCCAAGGGCUUCUCCUUUGUCGAGCUUGAGGACCCCAAGCAACAGGAGGAGGCCGUGCAAAAGGUCAACGGUACUCUGGUUGAGGGCAGGAACAUUACGGCCAAGAUUGCCAAGCUUAUGAAGGAGAAGGAGGUUGUUGCCGAGGCUGCUGCGGCCGAGACCGAGGGCAAGGGCGAGGAGGCUGUGGCGAAGGAGGAGGAGCCCGCCAAGCUCACUGUUGAGAACAUUGAAAAGGUAAACUCUGAUGGGUGA